CUUACUAUUAGAAAAUCCUGUUUGGAAGUCAGACAGCUGGCCCAUUUUUGCACCUCAUCCUGAAAAUCUGGCUUUUUAAGUUCUGUUUGACUUUCAGAGACUGGUGAGUCAUCUUGGAGGAUGGUGAUGCAUCCCAUGGUCUAAAACAGUCUUCACAAGAACAAAAUGAAGAAGAUGCCAUGUUGAGAGAGGCAAAGAGGUAACUUCUGAAAUAUGGCUGAACAUGGUAAUUUCUCCUGUAGUCCUAUUCUGACACCCCAUUUAACCAGACUCUACUGUACAGUGCUCAUCGGAGGGCUGGUGGGUAUCAUAUCUAUUUCUUUCCUGCUGGUGAAAAUGAACACAAGGUCUGUAACCACCACUGCUGUCAUCAACCUGGUAGUGGUCCACAGUGUAUUUCUGCUGACAGUGCCUUUUCGCUUGACCUACCUCAUCAAGCACACUUGGAUGUUUGGGUUGCCCUUUUGCAAAUUUGUGAGCUCCAUGCUGCACAUCCAUAUGUACCUCACAUUCCUGUUCUACGUGGUGAUCUUGGUCAUCAGAUACCUCACCUUUUUCAAGCACAAGGACAAAGUGGAAUUCUACAGAAAACUGCAUGCUGUGGCUGCCAGUGCUGGCAUGUGGCUGCUGGUGAUUGUCAUUGUGGUGCCACUAAUUUUUUCUCAGUAUGGAAAUCAGGAGAAAUACAAUGAUCAAGACUGUUUUAAGUUCCACAAAGAACUUACUCAUGAAUCCGUGAGAAUCAUCAACUAUAUCCUAGUCAUUCUUGUCAUCACCACUGCUGUAAUCCUUUUGGUCUUCCAGAUCUUCAUCAUUAUCUCAAUGGUACGGAAGCUGCGCCACUCAUUCCUAUCCCACCAGGAGUUCUGGGCCCAGUUGAAGAACCUAGUUUUUAUAGGGAUCAUCCUUGUCUGCUUUCUUCCCUACCAGUUCUUUAGGAUCUACUACCUGCAUGCUCUGACAUACUCAAAAACCUGUGAUGUUGACAUCUCAUUUUAUAAUGAAAUCUUCUUGAGUGUAACUGCUACUAGUUGCUUUGAUUUGUUGCUCUUUGUUCUUGGAGGAAGUCAUUGGUUUAAGCAAAAAACCAUAGGCCUAUGGAACUGCCUUUUGUGCCGUUAGUAACAAAAUAUAGUUUUCAAAAUUAUUUCCUUUACAUUGGGAGUAAAGUGGGUACAGGGAAAGUAGAAAUGAUUAUUUCACCUCUCAAUUAAAACGUUGGCUAGUCAGCCAAAUAAAAAGACCAUCAAAUGUUAGAGAAUUCACUCUAGUCCUUAUUUAAUCCCCACUAUCAAUGAUUGAUGCCCUUACAGAGACGAAUGAUGGCCUAUCCAUGUGGAGUUGCAACACUGCAUUAUUCCAACACAGAAUGUCUACUGGCCAUCCAGACCCCAUGGGUCUAAUGAUUUCUGAGUUUUACUAACUUACUAUAGUUUUCUCAAUUUGAAGCAGUCUUUUCUUAGUUUUUAGAUUAUGCUCAGAUUGCUAGCUCUUUCUACCUCACUACAUGUUGAGCUUGUCUUGGCUAUCUUCCAGCUCCAUAGACACAAGCUACUUGGUUCAUCAGUUAAGAUGGCCCAUUCAACUCAUACCUUAACCAAAGAAGAAUAAUAAUAAUAAGAGGAAAGAAUAGUAAUAAUUAUCUAGACUGCAGUAAAUUUGUUAGGAAAUUAUCUUGAAAUCAAGAGAAAUAAAA